AUGUCGUACAGCGGGAGCAGGCGUUCUCGCGACCCGCGACGGCGGUCGGCAGAUCAUGGCGAUGACCUCGGUUCCGGCCGCGAGCUGGCGCUGUACAACCCGGUCGGCUGGGACGUGGCACCGUACGACGUGGCGCCGUACGACGCGGCGGCCGCCGAGUACCCCUACCAAGGGUCCAUCCCGCGUCCACAGAGCCCCGCGGCGGCACUGCCCUCCAUCACAUCCAGCCGUCACCGCUCCCCUUCCCUCGUCAGGAUCAUCUCCUCCACCGCUCGCCUGACCAUCACCUCGCCCCCCCCGAACCACCAGUUAUUAUCCCCCGCCAUCCCGCACCGGCCGGCACCACCACCACCCCGGCACCGUAGCCGCCCGCCAUCGCCACGCCGGCACCGCAGUCCUCCACCCCCGCGCCGGCACCGCAGCCGCCCACCAUCGCCGUCGCGACACCGCACCACCACCAGGGCCCCGACCGUCGCCAGCGGCGCCGAGUACGAGUCCGACGGCCCGGACUACGGCGCGCUCGACCGCCACCCGCCGCCGUCGUUCCUGCGCGGCCCGCGCACGCGCGUCUUCAUCAACGGGCGUGAGGUCGAGCCCGAGUUCCGGUACGAGAUCGGCGGGACGGCGUACCCGGACGGCGCGUGGCUGUUUGACGGGCUCGCGCCGGCGAAUUGGGGCUCGGGCGCAGGCGCGGGAGCGGGCGGCGGUGGGGAUGGGGGCGGGAGUGGGAGUGGGAGGCACGACGGUGGUAGGAGGAGGAGGCGGUAG